UCAAAGGAAUUCAAGAUGGCGUCGGCCAACUUGACGUUGUGAACGUCGCAAAAAAUCACUUUUUAAUUAUUUUCCGGUUCAUUUUUAAUUUAUUUUUUACGUUAAACCGUCACCGAUGUAUAACCCACCGUCUGCAAACGUUUCAGUUCAAGUGUCAAGUGCUUAACCUCAAUUUUAGACAUGUAUUAAAAGAAAAACAAGUGAACGAUGGAGGCAAUGCAAUACGAGUUGGCUAGGAACAUGACGUUACUCUUCUUUUUCGAAAGACUACUUGAUAAGGGCGAACCGAGGACUUUACACGAUUUGAGCUGUCAGUUCGGCUCAAAGGGCUUCACGAAGGAAAUGAGACAAAUCGCAGGGGGCUCACAAAGUGGCCUCAAAAAGUUUCUAGCACAAUAUCCGGCCCUUUUUGCCAUCGAAGGAGAGUACGUCACAAUCAACAUGUUCCAAAGUUUGGGGAGCAAAGACAGUGCUGGGGGCAAGGACUACACCACCCAAGCCGUUGAAUAUUUCUCCGAGAAGUUGGCCCAGUAUGGCGAAGGCACCGAAGUCCCGAUUCGCAGUCUUCUGGGGCACCGUUCGCAGGCCAGUCCUGAGGUACGCCACGUCUCCGGCCAACACUUCCACGAAUUCCGCGAGUUCCUCCUCAAACACCCCGAAACCUUCACCGUGGACGACGAGAAAGAGUCCGUCAUUCUCACAAACUACACAGCUGUUCGCUCGCAUUGCCCCCACGAACUCCACUUUCAACCCGACGUGAAAAUCGACCCGGAGACAACCCAAACCUUGCUCGACUUCCUCGCUCAAUGUAUCGAAGUCAAAGGCCCCAUUUUAGUCGAACAAUUGUUCCAAAUCGUGAGUUGCAAUCUCCCGGAGGCGAUGUGGACGAAUUUGUUCAACACACCUGGACACUUGACGAGUUUUCUUCGCUUGUUUUCCGACAGUUUUCACAUUCAGGCCAAUUUGGUGACGCUUCUGCAGCCCCCGAAGGUCAAUCAGAAGCAUUUAAGUGUGUCGGUGGACGAAUUGGAGGCGAAAAACGCGAAAAAUCUCAACAACGUUCAAGAGAGUUCGAGUGAGAUUAUCGAGAGGGCGCCACCUGUGGUCACUAGCCCCAAAUCGAUCAGUGAUCGACUCAAACAACCCAAAUUGCAACAGAAACAACUCUCCGAAGCGAAAAGUUUGUCACCAGAACCACCAAAAACACCUACGAAAGCCCCAGAGGAACCAAAACCGACUAAAACACCCUCAAAUCAAAGCCUCAAACAAAGGAUCAAUAAUCUCGUCCUUAAAACACUCCAAGAGAACACAGGACGUGAAAGACAGACACUCCUUAAUCAUAAUCAAAGUCAUAACGAAUCAUGGAAAGUCAAACUUUUUCAAAAUACGCGCGUCAUUUGUAGUAUUAGGGAAUGUCAAAUGGUCAUUGAUGACAUUAUGGCGAAGGUUAAGUCAGGUCAAGGGUCAGAUUGGCCCUUUGGUGAGGAUAAAGUCGUCGUUGGGUUGGACUGCGAAGGGAUUAAUCUCGGUGUCAAAGGUCAAUUAACGUUGCUUCAAAUCGCAACAUUGUCUGGAUUUUCGUACGUUUUUGAUUUGAUUUCAUGUCCAGGAAUGAUCGAAGCUGGAUUAAAACGAAUUUUAGAAAGUUCGGACGUCGUCAAGAUUGUUCACGACUGUCGCAACGAUUCCGUCAAUCUCUUCAAUCAAUUUAAUAUAACGUUGAAUACGAUUUUUGAUACUCAAGCCGCUCAUGCUGUUCUCACGUUUCAAGAGACUGGACGUCCGGUUUAUAAAGCGAAAAGUGUGGCUCUUAACGCCCUCUGUGAACAUUACGGUGCACCAAUUAAUCCGAUGAAGGAUCAACUGAAAAAUAUUUAUCGACGUGAUCAGAAAUACUGGUCGAGGAGACCUUUGACACGAGAAAUGAUUUUGUACGCGUCGGCAGAUGUUUUGAGUUUAGUCAAUGAGAAAAUUUAUCAUCCAAUGUCAAAAGCGAUCAAAGUGGAGAAUAGGCAGUUGUUUUUGGAGUUGUGUCAUGAACAGAUUUUCAUGCACAUCGAUCCCGAGUCGGUGAAGGGUCACAAACGCCAGCGCAAAACGGAAACGGAAGUGGCCGAAUUGCGUCAAAAACUGUCCCAAGCGACCAAAAACAUAGUUUUGAGUAAUCGUGAAGUCCGACUUUUGCGCUACAUUGAAUUAACCGAAGAGGAGAAAGAGAAAUUGAAAUCGUCGGCAAAAGUCGCCAAAAAACUGGAAAAAUUGGAGAGUUUGGGUCAGGAUAACAGAGAGGAGGAAGAAGAGGAUGAGGAUCAGGACAACGAUCCUGAUUAUCCCAGUUUGGAAAGUGAUAUGACGUCACCGCGUAAUUCCGAACCAACGAGUCUCACCGAAUCGAUGCAAUUAGUCGAUUCGAUUUUAAACGAUAGUAAAAUCGAAAAAUUUGAUAAAUUGGAUCGUUUAGAAACGAUUUUAUCGGCGGCUGCGUUUUUACCGACCGGCAAAUGUCAAUGCACGUGUCAUAAAAAUGGUCAUAAUGGCGAAAGGGUCAUUUCGCCAACUAGUAGUUUCAAAGGGGAGGAUAGAGAAGUAGAGGUUAAGUCGAAUCAUUCGAAUGUUGGUACUCAAACACUAAGCACUGGAGAUAUAGUCGUAACGAAGAUUUUUUUUAAUGAAAAUACUGAAUAGCUCAAUGGUCACGUGGCCUUAUGUAUAGUCGGUUGUAUAUAACGAAUUUAUUUUAUAAAUUAUCGAGCUGAUUUUACUUAAUGUUAACGAGCCAUAUUUUUAAUAGUGUUGUUAUGGUGAUAUUGAUUAUUACAAUUUAAUUUAUUGGUUAUGACAGUCUUUGUUUCUUAAAUAUUUCUGUUAAGAUAACUAAGACUUGAGCAAUUUAACGGUAUUAACAUUGUUAAGCAAUAUUUAUGUGUUAUUAACAUGUAUUAUUUUUGCUGGUAGAGGAUUUUUAUUAUACUGUAAUGAUGCAAAAAGAGAAUAAAUAUACAGUACUAAAAAA